AUGACGCUAUUCCAGAACAAACGUCUCUACAGAACCUUUAUGGCUGCCAAUAGCGAAAAUCACUUGGAGGCACCAACUAACAAGAAUUCGGUGCCGAGCGAACCAUCUUGCCCUGUUGGCAGUUGUAACUGUGGAUCGUAUGGAUCUCCAGUGAAACUUCGUUGGAAUCUCCGAGCAUGCAGUGUAGCAGCUUCAACCCCACGAAUUACCUUAGCAGGUCGUGCGCAUCUUGUCUGA